AUGAAACAUGAAUAUACUCAUCUUUUCUCUUCAGGUGUCUCGCAAUAAAAUUUCAAUUUAUUUCAAAAUAGCAUUUAUUUUAUAUUUAUGGUGACCAAAUGCCCAUAACUAAAAGAGAAAAGUAAAGAGUUUUAUUAUAAAUUACCUAGUCAGAAAAUAUUGA